AUGCGGGUCAAUUUGACAGAUCUUUGCAUCUGUUCCGCGUUCGCAGCUGCGGUGGCUCAAGAGCAACGAUGCCGGGAAAUGAACGAACCAAACAGUUCGAAAAACGAAACAUAUUCAGUGCACAAAGCAUAAAUACUCCUCAAAAUGGAAAGCAAAAACAAUCAACAGGUAGCAAUUAAAAAUGGAGUGUUACCUUCGCCGAAACUACAGCUGAACGACAACACAAACGACACGGAAAUCGAUGAGAAAGAUCCGGCCAAACAUCAAGGACGGACACGUUCCUUCCCACACGAACGGGGCAUCUGGGCCAGUUAUGUAUUCAUAGACUAUAGUGACUCCGACGGUUGGAUCGAGAUGCAGGACGAAUGCAAAACAGUGCUGAACUCUGCAACUACACUCGACUUCAUGCCCAUUGACCGAAUGCAUCUAAGUCUCACUAAAACCUUCACCAUCCGGCAUCAUAACAUUACACCGUUUGUGGAAAACUUGCGGGAGCAGCUAGAUGGUCAUCGACGCUUUCGGCUCGAGUUUGCCGGAAUGCAGGUAUACGUGAACGAGGAACGCACUCGUACAUUUCUGGGUGUACGUGUGGCCGAAGAAUCGUACGGUCCACUUAACGAACUCGUCACCAGUGUGGACGAGUGUUUAAGCGAGUAUAAACUGCCGCUAUUCUACGCCGACCGUGCAUUUCACGUGAGCAUCCUGUGGUGUUUGGGUGAUCGAGAAGCGGAAGUUCGAAAGGAAUUGCCUGCGCUUACCUCCGUGUUUGAGCGGGUGUACGAGGAAGAAUAUUGUGACAUUAGUCAAUUAGUGAAAAAGCUUUGGUUUAAAUGUGGGAAUAAAAUGUUUCAUUUUGAUCUUGUAUAAAUUUCACCGCGGGACA